UUUUUGAGUGAUUUUUUUGAGAUUUUGGGGAAUUUUUGGGGAUUUUUAGGAAAUUUUGUAGGAGGAAAAUUGGGAUUGGGGAUUUUUAUUGAAUUUUUUGCGGUUUUUAGGGAAGUUUUGGGGAUUUUUAUGGAAUUUUUGGGUUUUUCAUGGAUUUUUUUUUGGAUUUUUGUGGUUUUUUUAGGGAUUUUCGGAAGGAAAAAUUUGGAUUGGAGGGGAAAAAAUCGGAAUUCCGACUUUUUUUGGGAAUUUGGGGGAGUUUAAAACCUUCUUUUAAUCCCAUUUUUGAGGAUAAUGAGGAAAAACCGGGAAAACUCGUCCAGCCAGAAAUUUUAGGAUUGACUUGACCCCAAAAAUAUUCAUUAAAUAUGCAAAUGAGCUCAUUUACAUAAUGACCUUCAUUUUUCCCACUCCUUCUGAAUCCGAGCCUUUCCCAAAUGGUUUUUCCCAUCUUAAAUUCCCAAGAAAAUUUGGAAUUUCAGGUUUGGAGUUUGGAUUUGUCCCAAUCCCAAUUUUUCCCCUCCAAAAUUUCCUAAAAAACCCCAAAAAUCCCCUAAAAAAGCCCAAAAUUCUCCCAAAAAUUCCAUAAAAAUCCCUAAAUUCCAUUUUUCCUCUUCCAAUCCUAAUUUUUCCCCUCCAAAAUUCCCUAAAAACCCCCAAAACUUCCCUAAAAACCGCAAAAAAUUCAAUAAAAAUCCCAAAUCCCAAUUUUACUCCUCCAAUCCCCUCCAAAAUUUUCUGAAAAACCAAAAAGAUUCCCUAAAAAAGCCCAAAAUUCUCCCAAAAAUUCCAUAAAAAUCCCUAAAUUCCAUUUUUCCUCUUCCAAUCCUAAUUUUUCCCCUCCAAAAUUCCAUUAAAUCCCUCAAAAAUUCCCUGAAAAGCCAAAAAAAUUCCAUUAAAAUCUUCAAAAAUUCCCUAAAAAUCCCAAAUCCCGAUUUUUCCCCUCCAAUCCAAAUUUUUACCGCAAAAAUUCCCAAAAACCCCAAAAAAUUCCCUCAAAACUUCCCCAAAAAAUCCCUAAAAAAUUCCCUAAAACCCCCAAAAAUCCAUAAAAAAACCCAAUCCCAAUUUUUCCUCUCCAAUCCCAAUUUUUCCCUCAAAAAUUCCCAAAAUACCCAAAAAUUCCUUAAAAAACUCCCAAAAAAUCCUUAAAAAACCCUAAAAAUUCCAUAAAAAUCCCCAAAAAUUCCUGGAUCUGGAAUUGGGAUCACUCUGGAUAAAAUCCUGGGAUAACUCGGGAUAAAAUCCGGGAUAACUCCGGAUAAACCCCAGGAUAAUUUGGGAUAAACACCGGUAUAAUUCGGGAAAACUCCUGGAUAAAAUCCAGAGAAAACACGGGAUAAAGACAGGGAUAACUCGGGAUAAAAAAAAAACGGGAUAAUUUGGAAUAAACACCGGGAUGAAACCCGGUAGAAUUCGGGAUAAAAUCCCGGUUUCCCCUCACAGAAGUAACCGGAAUAAUCCCGGGACAGGAGCCCCGGUCCCCCCUCAGAGAGAACCGGAACAGUCCCGGGACAAAACCCCGAGCUCCCCCCGUGAAAAGAACUCGGAAUCCCCCUCAGAGAAGGAACCGGAAUCUCCCCGAGCUCCUCCGGGGACAGGAGCCCCGGUCCCCCCUCAGAGGGAACCGGAACCGCCCCCGUGACAGGAGCCCCGGUUCUCCCUCAGAGAGACCCGGAACAGUCCCGGGACAAAACCCCGAGCUCCUCCGGGGACAGAAGCCCCGGUUCUCCCUCAGAGAAAACCGGAACAACCCCGUGCCAGAAGCCCGAGCUCCCCCCGUGACAGGAGCCCGGUUCCCCCCCCUCAGAGAGAACCGGAACAACCCCGGGACAAAACUCCGAGUUUCCCCCGUGAAAAGAACUCGGAAUCCCCCUCAGAGAAGGAGCCGGAACCUCCCCGAGCUCCUCCGGGGACAGGAGCCCCGGUUCCCCCUCAGAGAAGGAACCGGAAUCUUCCUGAGCUCCCCCCCGUGACAGAAGCCCCGGUCCCCACUCAGAGAGACCCGGAACCGCCCCGUGACAGGAGCCCGGUUCCUCCUCAGAAAACCGGAACAGUCCCGGGACAAAACCCCGAGCUUCUCCGGGGACAAAAACCCGGUUUUCCCCUCAGAGAAGGAACCGGAACCUCCCCGAGCUCCUCCGGGGACAGGAUCCCCGGUCCCCCCUCAGAGAGACCCGGAACCGCCCCCGUGACAGGAGCCCGGCUCCCCCUCAGAGAGAACCGGAACAGUCCCGGGACAAAACUCCGAGCUUCCCCCGUGAAAGUAACUCGGAAUCCCCCUCAGAGAAGGAACCGGAACCUCCCCGAGCUCCUCCGGGGACAGGAGCCCCGGUCCCCCCUCAGAGAAGAAACCGGAAUCUCCCCCGUGACAGGAGCCCCGGUUCUCCCUCAGAGAGACCCGGAACAGUCCCGGGACAAAACCCCGAGCUCCUCCGGGGACAGAAGCCCCGGUUCUCCCUCAGAGAAAACCGGAACAACCCCGUGCCAGAAGCCCGAGCUCCCCCCGUGACAGGAGCCCGGUUCCCCCCCCUCAGAGAGAACCGGAACCACCCGGUGACAGAAGCUCCGGUUCCCCCUCAGAGAGAACCGGAACAGUCCCGGGACAAAACUCCGAGCUCCUCCCUUGAAAAGAACUCGGAAUCCCCCUCAGAGAAGGAGCCGGAACCUCCCCGAGCUCCUCCGGGGACAGGAUCCCCGGUUUUCCCUCAGAGAGAGAACCGGAACCGCCCCCAUGACAGGAGCCCCGGCUCCCCCUCAGAGAGACCCGGAACAGUCCCGGGACAAAACCCCGAGCUCCUCCGGGGACAGAAGCUCCGGUUUUCCCUCAGAGAGACCCGGAACAGUCCCGGGACAAAACCCCGAGCUCCUCCGGGGACAGAAGCUCCGGUUUUCCCUCAGAGAGAACCGAACAGUCCCGGGACAAAACUCCGAGCUCCUCCCGUGAAAACAACUCAGAAUCCCCCUCAGAGAAGGAACCGGAACCUCCCCGAGCUCCUCCGGGGCCAGAAGCCCCGGUCCCCCCUCAGAGAAGAAACCGGAACCGCUCCCGUGACAGGAGCCCGGCUCCCCCUCAGAGAGACCCGGAACAGUCCCGGGACAAAACCCCGAGCUCCUCCGGGGAGAGGAGCCCCGGUUCUCCCUCAGAGAAAACCGGAACAACCCCGUGCCAGAAGCCCGAGCUCCCCCCGUGACAGGAGCCCGGUUCCCCCCCCUCAGAGAGAACCGGAACAACCCCGUGACAGGAGCCGGCCGUGCCAGAGCCAUGGCGGAAGCGAGCGGGCUGUGACAGCCGCGCCGGCGGCGUGUACGGAGCAACCCCAGCGUCCCUUCCCAACCUCGGCUCCGAGAGCUCCGGAGACUCGCGGUCGGCGCUAGGACCGAGCCUGAGCGGCCGCAACGCGCAGGGGCGGCCAUUCCUCCUCCGCCCGCAUUCCCGACGCUUUCCCAUUCCCAUUCCCGCUCCCCAUCCCGGUGACAUUUUCGGGAUCGACUCCUGGAAAAACCUCGGGAUCCAUGGAAGAGCCAUUCCCAGAGGAAAAGGACGAGGAAGGGAGAAAAGCGACGGUGAACAUCGACCUGGAUUUUUUUCUGUGCCCACAUGGAAAUGCUUCGCGAUCCCGAAUUUGCAUCCAAAAUUUUAGGGAAUUCCUUCCUAAACCUCUCAACUUCCAAGAAAUCCUGGAAUAUUCUCAUUUCCUGCAGGAAUUCCUGGAAUGACAUCAGGAAAAUCUCUGGAAUUCACCUCUCCACUGUUUCUUGGCCUCAUCCCAAGCUUUUAUUUCCUUCUCCUCUGGAUAUUUUUAGCUCUGGGUGUGGCCAUGCCUGGAUUGAAUCCAAAAAAUCCAAGAACUUCCUGAAACUCCGGAGAUAAAAUCCAACGGAAUCCGGAGCCAAAAUCCAACGGAAUCCGGAGCCAAAUUCCAGGAAUUUCUUCCUCCAUCUCAGGAAUUCCAUGGAAAACCCGGCCUUCGAGAUGCACGGCGCGACCCCUCCGGCUUUUUCCAGGAGCAAAGAGGAAUUGCAGAGCAAAGGGAAAAGCUCCACGAUGAAAUUUUUCCUGCUUUGUCUCCUGGCUUCCAUCAUCACCACAUCCCUGGGAAUUCUGAUCCUUUCCCUGAUUUUUGGGAAUUGUCGGGAAUUUCCGAAGGAUUCCGGAGGGAAUGAAGAGUUUGGAAAGGAAAUGGAGGAAAAAACGGAUCCCAAAUUUCGGUUUUUGUAUCAUUUGAAGGAAUCUAAGAUCUAUAAAUACCAAGGAGGAGAAAUCCAAUGGGCUCGAUUCCGACGGGAUCCCCGGGAAUACGAAAACCCGGAAGUUCGGGAAUUCGGGAAAAGCCUCAAUUUCCAUAAAUCCCAAAUAACUUUGGGAAUGUUGAGGAUCCGGAGCCGGGGACUGCGAGCUCCUCACUGGCAUUUCAAUGCCAACGAACACGGAUUCCUGCUCCAGGGCUCUGCAUGGAUCGGGAUCCUGGGACCGGAUCAUUCCCAAGCCGUCACCUACAACGUCACCGAGGGUCAGGUGGUUUUUUUCCCGAAGAAUUCCGUUCAUUGGGUGAAAAAUGUCGGAAAAGAGGAUUUGAUUUUCCUGCUUUUCUUCUCCACUCACGAGGAAUUGUUGACUUUGGAUGUGGAUGAUGUUUUCUUCUCCACCCCCGAGGAUGUGGCAGCUCGAGCCUUGAAGCCAAAGGGAGGCGUUGGAUUCAUCAGAACAUUCCAGAAACCCGAAGAGGAUCAAACCAUCAACCUCCCCAAAAACCUGGAUCAGCUCAUCCACAAUUCCACCUUCCCCCAAUCCCCGGAUUCCCAGGUCUGGAAAUUCUUCUACGAUCUCCCAGGAUCUCCGGAAUUUCCGUUCCCGGGAGGAAUUUUCCGAUGGGCGAGAUUCCGGAAAAACGGGACGGGAUUGACGGAAAAUCAACGGAUCUUCAGCCAAUCGCUGCAUGAGCACGAGAACAGCCUGACCUUGGCCACGCUCCGGAUUUUUGGGAAUCAUUUGGGAAUUCCUCAUUUCCACUUCAACGCCAACGAGAUGGGAGUGGUGAUCAGCGGCUGUGGACAGGUGGGCGUGGUCCUUCCCGAAGGCUCCUCCCUGUUUUCCGUCGGCAUCGGUGACGUCAUUUUCUUCCCGCUGGGAUCCCAACAUUUCAUCCAGAGUUUCUGCCAGGAAGAUUUGCUCCUCGUGCUCGCCUACAACACUGGAAACCAGUUGGAGACGCUGAGGAUGAAUCAAUAUUUCCCUGGAAUUUCCCAUCAAAUCCUGGCUCAACUCUUCCACAAAAACCAGGAAGAAUUCCAGAAAAUUCCCAAAAAUUCCCGUUAAUUCCAGGAAUUCUCCUCAUGGGAAAAAAAAAAAUUGGGAAAAAUCCCAAAAAAUUUUAAAAAAAUUUGGAAUUUUGAGG